UUAUCAGACAAUCUUGGUUCAGUAGUAUCAUAUCUUUUCAGUGUAAAAGCGAUUACUAUAUACGCAUUGGAACUGACCACAUUUAUAUACGCUCUAAGGAGAAGUUCUGUUUGUAGAACAUGUCGCGUUCGCGAUCAAAACUUUUCGAUGCCGAUACCAACCMUGGAGAGUUAAGAAUAACGUUGAAUGUUGGUGGUCAACGACAUGAGACGUAUGUGAGUACGUUAGCUAGYGUCCCUGACACAAGGCUAACAUGGAUCGCUGAACGGAGUCUAAGAGAACCGCGGCCACUAGGUCAACGCCGGGAAUAUUUCUUUGAUAGAAAUCCAACAGUAUUCACACAUAUUUUGAACUAYUAYCGCACCGGUAAACUGCAUUGCCCACGCGAGGUUUGCGGCCCUUUAUUUGAAGAAGAGCUGAACUUUUGGGGAAUCGAUGAAAAGCAGAUUGAGACAUGCUGCUGGGCAAAAUAUGAUGAACACAGAGAUGCAGAAGAGAAGCUACGCGGCUUUACAAAAAUUAAAAUCGAAGAAGGAGAAUCGACUGACGAGGAGGAAGAGGAAACAACUGACCGUGAAAUGGCCAGCAGCGGGGAGUUUUGCUCAACCAGCAGGAGUACUUCAAAAUCCAAAACAAGGCUUAGAACAUUGAAGAAACGAAUAUGGAGGACACUYGACGAUCCGUAUUCAUCGCGACUCGCUCGGAUCAUUGGUUUCGUAUCRUUGUUGUUCAGCGUUGCUGUUGUAGCGAAAUUCUGCGUGUUUACAAUGGACUACUUUUCUGAUAAACAUUCCCAUCACUACAUGGCGCUCUAUAUUACGGAAAUCAUUGCGGUUUUAUGGUUCACSGUCGACCUCUUCUUACGCUUCGUAUGCUGUCCUAAGAAACUACGCUUUAUAAAAGAUCUUCACAACUGGGUCGAUCUGAUGGCGAUUGUUCCGUUUUACCUGACUGUCCUUUGGCCCAACAAUAGAACUAUCAAAAACUUCAAUGUUUUUUACGUAUUAAGGCUGACAAGAACGUUCAGACCGCUAAAAUUCUCUUACGUAAUGCAAGUCUUUACGCAGACUUUGAAAGCAAGUUCUCGCGAGCUAUAUUUUCUUAUGUUUAUCCUCGGUAUUCUGGUUAUUACGUACGGAAGUGUUGCGUAUUUCGCAGAACGAGACCAAGAAGGCACGCUAUUYACGAACAUUCCAGCCUCGUUUUGGUGGGCUGUUGUCACCAUGACAACUGURGGUUAUGGCGACAUGCACCCAAAGACUUUGGCGGGAAAAYUGAUUGGUAGUGUGUGUGCAAUUAGUGGUGUGCUGAUGAUAGCACUUCCCGUGUCAGUAGUUGCCAGUAAUUUUAGUUUAUACAAUUCGUAUGCUAAGGUAAAGCUUAAGCUGCCGGCCAGGCAGAAACGGAACGUAGUAGAUGCUGCUUUGAAAGCCUUGCAGCUUAGCACACCYAACCAAAGCGUGUGUGCUGAGAGUACAGAACAACAACCACGCCGUCCGAUGCGGCCUCGACACGGSACAUCUUUACCAGGGUUAACUGAGAUGACAAUUUUGAACACGAGAAAGAAAUUUUCUGUUGGAGAAGAACCGAAUAACUACAACCAUUUAAAUGAUAAAGACCAGCGACCGCGAUAUUCACGACGAUCUGCUCAUGUAUCUCUUCAUUUUGGAUCGAUUGCAGCAACACCAGAGUUACCUGAAAAUGAAAGUGAGACCGAAGAAAAUGAAAAACUUCUGCAUUCUCCAACGACCACAACGGACAAGGAAGAAAUCAUGGAAACGAGUACGUGAAGGUCGCAUCAUGUCAGGAGUUCAUAAUGAGAUCGAUCUACCAUCGGAUAGUGCUUGAGCAGCUAGACAUAUGAAUUGGCUCAUCACUAACAUUACAGAUCUGUCAAGGAUCUAAGCACGUUUCCAACACUCAAAAAGAGGAGUGACAAUUUGCGUGUUGAAAUUCUCCAUGGAUACUCCCUUUUCAAGAAACAUUGUCACACGUGUAAGCUACAAAUUAGUGGCUCAGGGGAUCAUGGCUGGCUUAUAAAGUCACACGCAAAAUAAAUGAUUUGAUGGCAAACAAUAUGUCAGUUUGCUGCUGUGGCAUGGCAAUUUUGUUCCAGAUGGCUGUAAAAAAACGAGUUCAUUUAGAUAGCUAAAGAGUCCAUAGCAAUCUGAGCCUAGUAGCUGACUCGUUCCCAGUUGUCUCUCGAGCCUUUUUUUCAUAUCUCCCAAAGCUUCAUGGGAAAGUGAUGCCAGGCCUGGUAGCUUGUACGAGUAUCCUGAAAUGACUGCAUAUCUUUUUGAGAACUAUGUGCAUCAUCAAUUCAAAUUCAUGGCUGAUUACAUAAAUUAUACAUGGCUCUUAAAUCGUUCAUUAAGUUUAAAAAGCUGACGAUAUUGUAUCGAAAAUUAUCAAGGGCUUCUGUUAACUUAGAACUAAAACAGUCAUUUUUUAUAAAUCAUUAAAAGGAUGUCAGAAUUACAAUGCUGUCAAGUUUAAUGARAUAACAUUUAAGUAAAUGAAAUGAAUUAAAAUUUGCACGAUU